CCACCCGUUCGGCGACGUUAAACGGACAUAACGGAAGACCCGCCCAUCCCCCCGCUCCGCCCUUUUCGGCCCUCACGGGCCGGUCUGCGUUCGCCUGGUGGGCACCAUGGAAGCCCCCGCGGACACGGACGCUCAUGUCAUUUCUAAGGAGAAAAUGAUUGUACACUUAUGGAGCUAUUUGUAUAGAAAUAUAUUUCGAUUUUGGCUAAAAUGGAUCUUGAGACAGUUGACUGGAAAAUGUGAACUGCAGCGUAUCUGUGAUGGCUCAAUGAAAAGAGCAGAAAGGACACUACGGAUAGAACAUUCGUUGGAAUCAUCAAAAUGUAAGGCUUUACAAAGGGCUGUGUAUUCUUCUAAAGAUGAUGUGGAAAAAUGUGUGGCACUCAUCAUAGAACAAAAGAAGAUUAAUACACAAAAGGAUGCAGUGUUUGCUUCAAAGCUGCAAUUAAGUUUGCUACAGAUAUCAGGAUGUAAGAAACUUUAUUCGGCCGUAGAAGAGCUGAGAAAACAGCCAUAUAACUCUGAUAAUAAAGAACAUGAAGAGCAACUAAUGGAGCUUUGGAAUUUGUUGAUGCCCCAUGAAAAACUGAAGGCUAGAAUCACGAAGCAGUGGUGUGACAUUGGUUUCCAAGGUGAUGACCCUAAAACAGACUUCAGAGGAAUGGGCAUGCUGGGAUUAACUAAUCUUCUAUAUUUUAGUAAACACUAUCCCCGUGAAGCUCGUCAAAUCCUUUCUCGCUCAAAUAAUCCAAAACUGGGUUAUUCUUAUGCAAUAGUUGGGAUCAAUUUGACAGAAAUGGCUUACAAUUUAUUGAAGAAUGGACAUUUAAGAACUCACUUCUACAACUUGGUUCCUGGUGAACCACAAAUGAAAGACUUCCAUCAGUUUUAUUGUUAUUUGGCUUACGAAUUUGACAAAUUUUGGUUUGAAGAAAAGCCUGAAAGUAUUAUGUACUUCAACCAGUAUAGAGAGAAGUUUCAUGAAAAAGUCAAAAAACAUCUUCUGGAUUACGAUGUAGUCCUUGCCUUAAGAAACGAAAUAUAGUAAUGUGCAUUCCUUUGGAUUCUGUCUAUAAAAAUUAUGCACUUGACUGGGAUUCUCAUAUUUAACCAAAAACUUCACUUAGUGAUCACAAAAUUUUAUACAUCUAUUUUUUUUAUUUAAAAAAGUGGUUGAGAGAGCUUGGACAAUCAACACUUACUUAGGUCUGUAUACUAUUUGCUGAAGGUAAGAACUUUUUAGAGACAAAGAUCCUUUCUGUACCACAGAUCCUCAUAAUUUUUGUAUACCUAGCAGAUGAAACAGGUUCUUGUUGUGCUACAUUUUGUCUAGCAAUAGCUUCUUUUCCAUAUUUGACUGGUGUUAGCUUCCAACCAGAGAUGUUGCAAUACUUCUUGAACAGAAAUAGCUUUUGUUUUAAAUGUAUUAGGUUGCAUUUUCUCUCUCUUCUAACCUGGAACACAUGGUCUUUUAUUAUUACACUACUGGGGGGAGGGGAACCACUAGCAGGUUAAAUGAUUUGGGUGUAUGAGAAAAAAGCUUCACUUCUGUUUAUUGAAGACUAUUUGUUUGAUUUUUCUCAUGGCAGCAUGCUUAAACACUGCCAGAGUUAAAACUUUUGUUUUUAAAUAGGUCUUUGCAUUUUAUCAUAAAUAUAUUAAGUUAAAUAUAUUUUCCUGUACUAGACUAUUUUUAUUUAAAAUGUUGUAACUGCUUUCACAUAUCAACCAUUGCUCUAUUUCCCCCUUUCUUUUGUCACUUAAGUUCACAGCUAAAGCUUAUGAAUACUAGAGCUCCAAAUAUUCAGUAGAAGAUAAUUGGGCAAUUAAGUAAAUUUUCUUUAAUGCAUUGCCAUUUUGUAUUGAAGAAGGCAACUCAGAUGGCAUAUUCCAAGACAAUCUAAAGAUUCUUCAGCUAUUGAAUAAGCAUGUUUAAAAUGCUUCUAAUCAAACUUUAGUUGCAGGUAGCCUUGCUUUAGGGAUAGGGUGAUUAGUUCAAAGAUUAAUCUUUUUAAAGUGCCUUGUACUUACUUCAUGUGCGCUUCAAAUCUGAAGCUGAGACUGAGUUGUUGCUGUUCCUAAAACACGCUGGCUUUGUUGUAAGAAUUGAUAUUGGAAUUGAGCAAAUUCCUAUUUCAUCUUACUAACUGAUAAUCGACUAAUUAGACUGCUGAUAAGGAAAAAGAGUGCAGCAGGAAGCCAUGGGGAGAACAUAUGAUGCCACAUGGCAACAUUGUAGGCAUUACAUAUGCUGGAAGUAAUAUCUAAAACCUGUGACAUUUAAAAGUAAUAAUUUAUCUAGAACAGUAAAAAAAAGGACAAAGCAAAAUUGAUAUCUAACUUAUGGGAAAGAACAUGCUUCUCGAAGUUCCUUUCUACCAGAGCAGUAGAGCCCUGACAGAGAGAUGGAGUGGAUCACAGAAGGCUUUUCAGUAUCUACAUCUAUUUUUAGAGAUGUUUGAUCACUUUUGUGCAAUACAAGAAAUCUUUCAAGAGAAAUUUGAUAUCUGCAAAAUGCAUUGGGGCACAAUCAAAAAAGUCCAUAUGCGCUCUCUCUGUAUAGGGACAACCCUAUUUUCUCCUGCUAGUUGGAGAUUUGUCUUCACAGAGAAGUGUGUACCUGAUUAUAUAUGAGCACUGGAUCAAGUGGUUCAUGGUAUCAGAAUGUAUACAAAAAUCAUUCCUGGCUGAAACUGUUGUAAAUGUAUUUUCCUUUUCUGUAUGCUAUACGGUACAUUUAUUGCACGCUGUUCCAUUUGAGUUUUUCUUUGAAAUGGUUUAAUUGACAACCUUUUUUAAUUUAAGAAAUUUCAUUUAUUUUACUUAAAAGAAACCUUGAUCUUCUAUACUUAAUGCUUUAAAUAUAGUGGCAAUAGAAAAUUCUAGAAAAUAUACCAGAAAAGAUUUUAAGGUAUAUAUUCAUAUAUAGUUGUCACAUUACUUGUUUACUACAUUAGUAUUAAAUAAGAAUCAAUGGCUCUGCAAAAAAUAAAGCUGAUGCAACAUUGUGCAUGUGAACAGUAGCAUCUACAUUGUUCCUGUGAUUUCAUUAAUUUGGACCUGUAGGGAUUUGUUAGGCUGAGUCUAUCUGAGCCUUUCCAAUACAAUCUGUAUUUUUUUCUUUUUUUCUUUUUAACGAGUUCAUAUUUUCCUGUCAGAUGAUAAACCUAAGGAAGACUGAUAGAUUAUAAACUUUGUCAACUCCCUAAUGCUAGUGAUGAGUGGAACCAGGAAUGUUUGAGUUGUCAUUCUACCAAAACUCUGGGCUAGAUUAUGCAACAAUUAAAACAUAAACCAGCAAACCGACUAGUUUUAAGGUUUUAUUUUAUUUUUGUAAAAACUAACAUAUUAAAUGAAAAUGAUUAUCAACAGAGCACAAAGUGAUAUAAUGCUAACAUACCCAGUUUCAGGCAGUAUAAAUAUUCUUUUCAAUGGUGCUAACAAUCAUAGUUGACAAUUUUUAGGAAAGAGGUUUCUAAAGUUUUGAAGCCAUCAGUUGUGUUGUAAAUAUUUUGAAAUUCUCAUUCCUUACUGGAACAAAUUUGUAUCUUCCUUCUUUAAAUGUAUUGUUGAUUUUUUGUAAAGCUGUGUUCCUUAAUUACAGAUAGUGAUGUAGCUAUCCUAUGUGGAUGUAAUUUUUAGGUAUAAUAACUAAACUUAAUAAGGCCAUUCUUCAUUGGUUUUUUAAAUACAUUGGUCUCAUUCAGCUGUAAUGAUCCCGGUCUGCUAAAGUAUAGUUUAUUGGACGAGAAACAAACCAUCUGCCCUCUUGCCCUGCCCCUCAUGUGUUCAGUUUGGCAAAGUUUUCUUGAAUUCUUAAACUACCACCUUCUUGGACAUUCAGAUUACCUCCAAAAAAGAAUUUGAAGCUAAUUUGGAAGGUAGCCCUUAAGCCACAGUUUGCAUGUGCAGACAUUCUGGGAUACAUUUAAAGAAAGUAGGCAAGCUUUAUUGAAGAUGGCUACUAGGGGGAAGGGGAAACUGCAUGAGCCAGUAGCUCCUGGUCAAAUACCUAUGAUUUAUCAGACAAAUAGCUGCAACUGAACUGGGCCAAUGUAUUCCACUAGCUGUUUAGCUUGUAUAUAUAUUUGCCCAUUUUUUUGAAAAUAAUUAAUUCUAGACUUGUAGUUGAACCACUUAAUCUAGUUUUGAGCUGUGAAAACCUAAAGAGACUGGUGGUAGAUAGAAAUAUGUUGUAAAACAGGGUUUUUCAUUAAAUAUUGCAUUGUGACAAUCGUAAGACAAUAUACUAGUAUAUCUGCACUGUUUCUUUAGAAAGAAACAAAUACACAUUGAAAUACACACAAGCAGCCAUUUAUUUUUUCACACAGCUGUUCACAUUGUUUUUCUCUAUGUGGUGUGAGGUGAGAGGGCUACAUGGAAAAACAUGUAGACAUCUAUGUGUAUCACUUUCACUAUUAACGUUUCUCCAAAAGCUUUUGAACCUGUGACUGUAUGAUACAUUGUGGGAAGGCAGAUCCAGCAUAAAAGUUCGUUUUACAGACUUGAAACCAGAAGCGGCUUGCAUUUCCACCUGCUCAAGGCAAUCCUACUGAAUUCUCCCACUUUCUCAUUCUAAUCACUGCUUUCCCAGCCUAUCCAUUCCAGAUGGUUCCUUGACCUUUGUAGUUGCUUUUGGGGAGCAGUGCUGGGGGAUGAGCCAGCAGAGACCCAUUAUGGGAGCAGAGUUCUGCUCAUCUAUCUGGAUCUAACCCACAACGUUUCAAAUUGCAUUCUCACAAAAAUGGCUACUAGCUGGAAAAAAAAUAUUGAUCUCCAAAUUAAGCUCUAUGGCACAACCAAAUAACACUUAAAGUUUGGCUUAUAAAAAAAUGGAUUUCAUAAAAAUUUUGGGCACUUGAGUGCAUAUUACUGGACUCAACUAGGAAAUGAAGUAAGCAUUAAAAUAUCUUAAGACAAACAAGUAGUAAACAGCUUCCUUAAAGGGAGCAAAUUACAAAAAUCACUUAUAGCAGUAUGAGCCACAAUAUUUGUUGAAUGCCUGCAAAUGAAAAAACUCUAGGAAAAAGGGUAUACUUUUAAACUUGUAGUGGAGCUUCAAUCUGGAAUUGCCAACUAUCACAGACACCAUUCAUAAACUAGAGAUGCCAUAUUAUUGGUUGUGCUGUAUUUAGGUGUCCAGGUUCAUUGGAUUAUUUACCAUAGCCACAGAUGCACUAAAAGAUCAUGUAAAAAUAUCCAAGAGGCAGAAAUAGAGACCACAGAAUCCUCUUCUAUAACAACCUUUUUAGCUUUCCAAAUGUAUGUCAAAAGUGUCAUAAUUACAGUUGCAUUAGUAAGGUUCUGUAGCCUGUACUGAUAACUUACUGUUUCUUGUCCUUAUGAUGUGCACUUGUACUGGUUACUUCUGUGGUGCUCAGGCUGGUGACAGUUUUUUCUGUUGCUGCCCUUUUCCACUGUGAGGAACACAUACGGGCAGUGACUCAUAAACCUUUGUGGAGCAAGAGCAUUGCCCAUUACUAACUGUGUGUAGUUUGGAAGCAAUAAAAUGUAUUCUUGUUUGGGUGUGGAAUGACUGCUAGCAAAUAAAGAUCAAGUUGAUCAGAAGCUUUGUUUUGCUCA